AACCUAAAAUUUCUAAAAUCUAAACCAGAAUUGCCGAUUUUGACUUCACUGGACUCAGGACAAAAAAGAACCCUCUGAAUUCUAUGUCAUGUUCUCAUGUUUGAUUUGCCCUCCAUCAGCUGAUCAGCUUCAUCGUUCCACAAUCAACAUUGAAUUAAACCGCGAUCCGGGUUCUUUUAUGUUUCUUCUGAUUUGGGUACUUACCAGAACAGGUGAUAACUGAUUGAUUUGUGUUGGUUAUAUCAAUGAGAUUGUAAUAUCUGGGUUUGAUGGGAGUUGGAAAUUUCGGCUUGAUGCGAUCACGAGUAUAAAGGUGUUUUGUAUCUUAGGUGGGUGGACUAUGAGAAGUGAGGUAUCAAAAUGGAUUAUAGGUUUGGUAUACAUUGUGACCGUGGCCGCUAUUUGGAUUGCUGCUAGCUAUGUGGUUCAAUCUGUCGUCGAUGAAGGAGUUUCGCCCUUCCUAAUCACGUACAUUUGUAAUUCAUUGUUUGUAAUCUACAUCCCUCUUGUGGAAGCUUCACGAUUUUUGGAAGAUUACACUGGGAAAUUUUGCUUCUGGCGGAAAAAAGAUGUCAGCUUGCAAGAGUUAGCCCACUCUGAGGAGGUUGUCCUUCUUGAGAAAGGUGAUUUGGAUGAGACCGUAAGUGGUUUACAUCCCCAUAUUAGUGACCAAGAAGAAAGUCAUCAGAGUUCAAUUGAAACUGGUUCUGAGCCAACUUUUGGAGUGGAAAAUCAUUUGCCAGACCAAGUUAGUGUUUAUGAAGAUCUUGAUAAACAGCUGGACUCAAAGGGACGUUGGACACGAACCAGGGUAGCAAGAGUAAGCCUGUUGAUAUGCCCAUUUUGGUUUCUGGCACAGCUGACUUUUAAUCUUUCGUUGAAGUAUACAACAGUCACUUCAAAUACGAUCUUGAGUACUUCUUCUAGCCUUUUCACAUUUAUGCUUUCUCUGGCAUUCUUGGGCGAAAAAUUCACCUGGUUGAAGCUCAUCGGUGUACUUUUAUGCAUGGGAGGGACAAUCAUUGUCAGCUUGGGUGACACGGAAGCAGGAAAGGGUGUAAUAAACUCAAAACCUGUUCUUGGAGACAUUCUAUCGCUUUCAUCGGCUGGUCUAUAUGCUGUGUAUAUAACUCUCAUACGUAAGAAGUUGCCUGAUGAUGAGAAAAGUGGCCAAGUCAGCAUGGCACAGUUUCUUGGAUUUUUAGGAUUUUUCAACAUGGUGAUUUUCUUUCCAGUAAUGCUAGUAUUGCAUUUCAUGAAGGUGGAGUUCUUUACCACAUUUACCUGGAAAGAGUUUAGCUUGAUAGUGGGCAAAGGUUUGCUUGAUAACGUCCUGAGUGACUACUUAUGGGCCAAAGCUGUACUUUUGACGACGACAACAGUUGCAACGGCUGGUCUAACCAUUCAGGUCCCGUUGGCAGCUUUAGUUGAUACACUGAUCGGCAAUGCUCCCAACGCAAUGGAUUACAUCGGAGCUGCAGCUGUCAUGGUUGGUUUUGCUGGCAUCAAUAUCCCUACCGACAUUUGUAGUCAGUCCAAGGAAGUUACCAUGGAGCUAGAAAACAGAACACAGAACCAGAAUCAUGUCCUGUCAGACAGUAUUGCUCAAGAAUUCUAGCUUUUACUCAUACUCAAUAUACAUGUCGGAUGAACAAGCAAUCAGCCAACAUUGAAGGGUCUCAACGUCGACUCAGCGUCCACUAUACUUGUACACACUACAUUAACCUUGUAUAUUGUGGAGAUACUUCCAUCACACAUAGAUGUUACUGGAUCCUCUUUUAAUCUAGGAAAUUUUGAUGAACAAAAAUAAGCAACUAUUGGUACACAGUA